AUGGUGGGAGCUCUGAAAUUGUUUUCUGGCAGCGUGGGGCGGCCAGCUCACAUAUCCAUUUAUCUGCUCUCAUCAAAAAUGGAUCAGGAGAAGGACUCAGCUAAAACGGCGGCGAUUGGGAACUUCAAUUAUGACAAGAAGAAGCAAAAUGGGAGGAAAGUCGCUGUUGCUGGCUCACUGAAGUUGGAUCUGCGUGUGGAAGAGGAAAGAGGCGGCGGACCCCACGAGUUCACUCUCCCAGUUAAAGAGUGGACCUAUCCCUCAGCCAGACCUCUUCCUGUUGAAUCAGGUUUCUCCCAUUCAGCCUUCACCUUUGGCAUUGAAAGCCACAUCAGCCAAUCCAACAUCAACGGAACACUAGUGCCCCCUGCUGCUCUCAUCUCCAUCCUACAGAAAGGACUCCAGUAUGUGGAGGCAGAGAUUAGCAUCAAUGAGGACGGGACGGUGUUUGACGGUCGGCCCAUUGAGUCUCUGUCCCUUAUCGAUGCGGUGAUGCCAGAUGUAGUGCAGACAAGGCAACAGGCUUUCCGUGACAAGUUAGCCCAACAGCAGAACAGUAACUCCAUAUCUGCCUCAACAUCCGGGAACCAAGCCAACACACCAAAGAACGGAGAAACCACCGUCAAUGGGGAGAACGGCGUAUAUACGAACAACCAUAAUGAGCCUAUGGAGCUGGACAUAGACGUGGAGAUCCCUGCCAGUAAGGCCACAGUGCUGCGGGGCCAUGAGUCUGAGGUGUUCAUCUGCGCCUGGAACCCUGUCAGUGACCUGCUGGCCUCGGGCUCGGGAGACUCCACUGCUCGCAUAUGGAACCUGAAUGAGAAUAACGGCUCCAGCUCCACACAGCUGGUGCUCCGACACUGCAUCAGGGAAGGAGGCCAGGAUGUCCCCAGUAACAAAGACGUCACCUCACUAGACUGGAAUAGCGACGGGACACUUCUGGCAACGGGUUCAUACGAUGGAUUUGCCCGGAUAUGGACCAAAGAUGGAAAUCUGGCUAGUACCUUGGGCCAACACAAAGGGCCGAUAUUUGCACUGAAGUGGAACAAAAAGGGGAAUUCUAUUCUUAGCGCUGGUGUAGAUAAGACGACAAUCAUUUGGGAUGCACACACAGGAGAGGCCAAGCAGCAGUUUCCGUUUCACUCAGCUCCAGCUCUGGAUGUGGACUGGCAAAACAACACUACGUUUGCCUCCUGCAGCACCGACAUGUGCAUCCAUGUAUGUCGCCUUGGUAAUGACCGGCCCCUGAAGACCUUCCAGGGCCACACGAAUGAAGUUAAUGCCAUUAAGUGGGAUCCAUCCGGCAUGCUGCUCGCAUCCUGCUCAGAUGACAUGACCUUAAAGAUCUGGAGCAUGAAGCAGGAAACAUGUGUGCAUGACCUUCAGGCUCAUAGUAAAGAAAUCUACACCAUCAAGUGGAGUCCAACUGGCCCUGGGACCAACAAUCCCAAUUCUAAUAUCAUGCUUGCUAGUGCCUCUUUCGACUCGACGGUGCGACUGUGGGAUGUGGAGCGGGGGGUCUGUAUUCACACGCUCACAAAGCAUCAGGAGCCGGUCUACAGCGUGGCCUUCAGUCCAGACGGAAAGCACCUCGCCAGUGGCUCCUUCGACAAGUGUGUGCACAUUUGGAACACUACAACUGGAGCCUUAGUGCACAGCUACAGAGGGACUGGGGGAAUCUUUGAGGUCUGCUGGAACAGCACAGGGGACAAAGUUGGGGCCAGCGCGUCAGACGGAUCAGUUUGUGUCCUCGAUCUUCGGAAGUAG